AUGGCUCCCGUAUCGAUUCCGAAAUCUUGCUCUGUACUUAUUGUAGGCGGCGGUCCCGGUGGCUCCUAUGCGGCAUCUGCUCUAGCUCGUGAAGGGGUUGAUAUUGUGAUCAUGGAAGCAGAACACUUCCCACGAUACCACAUCGGCGAGUCUAUGCUGGCGUCCAUCAGACACUUCUUGCGCUUCAUCAAUUUGGAGAAGACGUUCGAUGCGUAUGGUUUCAGUAGAAAGAACGGUGCGGCUUUCAAGUUGAACAACAAGCGAGCAGGGUACACUGACUUUCUUGCUGCCAAUGGACCCAACGGGUACUCAUGGAAUGUCAUCCGGUCCGAGUCAGACAAACUGAUGUUGGAUCAUGCUGAGAAGGAGGGUGCGCUUGCUUUCCAUGGAACGAAGGUUGAUUCGGUAGAAUUUGAGUCUGUUGAUAACUUCCACAACGAUAACUUCCACAGUGACAAUCUCCACGCUACUAAUGGAGUUGCCAACCCGGGACGCGCUAUCUCAGCAGCCUGGUCGCGCAAAGAAGACGGAACCAGUGGUACAAUAAAAUUCGAUUUUCUCAUUGAUGCGAGUGGUCGCAAUGGUCUCCUAUCAACCAAGUAUUUGAAAAACCGCAAGUUCAACCAGGCUCUAAAGAAUCAAGCCAAUUGGGGUUAUUGGAGAGGCGCGAAAACUUACGCACCAGGCACUCCACAACGAGGUUCGCCGUUUUUUGAGGCGCUGAAAGAUCAAAGUGGAUGGUGCUGGGCCAUUCCACUGCACGAUGGCACGUUGUCUGUUGGUGUUGUCAUGCGUCACGAUCUAUCUCUUGAGCGCAAAAUCGCGCUUGGCUCACCAGGGACGAUUGAGUUUUACAAGCAUUGCUUGAUGCUGGCACCAGAAAUCCACGAGAGACUAGCACAAGCUGUUCUCGUCUCCGAUGUCAAGGCAGCUUCGGACUGGUCUUAUAGUGCCUCGGCUUAUGCUGGGCCAAACUUUCGGUUGGUCGGUGAUGCUGGGUGCUUCAUCGAUCCAUAUUUCAGUUCCGGUGUACACCUUGCGUUGUCGAGUGCGCUUUCUGCUGCUAUGACAGUACAGGCUGUACGCAGAGGGGAAGCUAGCGAAUAUGAAGGAGCCAAAUGGCAUUCAGCCAAGACAGCAGAGGGCUACUCCAGGUUUUUGCUAGUUGUUAUGACAGCCUUGAAGCAAAUCCGCAAGGGGGAAGAACCUGUUCUUAGUGAUUUUGAUGAAGAUGGCUUUGACAGGGCCUUUUCUUUCUUCAAGCCGAUUAUCCAAGGCCAUGCUGACGCCGAUGUGAGCGGUAGGCUCACACAAGAUUUGGUCUCCAAAUCGGUCGAUUUCUGCUUCAAUGCCUUUGUCGAAGUAUCUCCAGAAGCUCGUCAGGCUGUUCUGGAUAAGCUCGAAAGAGUCAAAUCUGACCAUAAUAUCGAGACUAAAGAAGACCUCGAGAAGUUGACCGAAGGAGAGCUGUCAACUCUGCGGACUAUUCGUGCCCGUCAGAUGAUGCGCAGCGAAGAUGCAAUGAACAUCAAUACCUUUGCAACCGAUAUCAUCGAGGGCUUCGUGCCUCGAUUGGUAACUGGACACCUGGGUCUUGACAAAGUCACAGCUAAUAGCCGAAUCACAGCUCCACUAGAUACUGAGACUUUGUUUGAGAAAGGUCUUUCGGGUCAUGCGGCUUUGCUGGAGGAUCUGACAUCUUAG